AUGGCAGAUGACACCAAUGACAAAGGUCUAGACACGCCGCCACCGGUGCUGCUGACACCGGCGGCACCAGUGCUGCUGGUGCCUGACAAAUCGUUGCCGCGGCCGGUGAGUCGUGAUGGGAAGAGGAACAGCUCUAGACCAGGCAGCCGUGAAGCCAAGGAACCCAAGCAGCCGACAUGUCCUAAGUGCUCCGCCGUUACCUGCUUGGCUCCGCUGGGCGAGAAAACACACGCCAUGGCGGGCGCGGCACCAGCACGGCUGAGUGUGCAGGUUAAGGAAUGCGGCAGGACACUGGAUUGGUCCCGACUAUGUUCUUUGCUCGAGAGGAGGAAGGACUUUGUAGAUGUGGACGUGGUGUCCCUGAGCGCAGCCAUGAACCUCUUUGCCAAGGUGGUGCAGUGGCAGCGAGCCAUUGACCUCUUGCACAGCUCGUCCUCUCAGGAGCUUCGUCCCAACGAGCGAAGUUGUCACGCCUGCCUGGUGGCCUGUGACAAGGCGGGCGGCGGUGCCUUGUGGUCGCGUGCCCUGUGGCUUUUCAACGGAAUGCCUGGAUCGACCCUGCAACAGAACACUUUCGUGCAAUGCGCCGCUGUGACUGCCGUGGCCCGAGAUGAAUGGCAGUGGCCUAGCGAGCUCCUCGUCUCCUGGCGCCACUCCUCCAUCCCUCCGACGCUGGGCAGCUGCAACGCGGCGCGGGGAGCAGCGAGCCGCGCCUGGCGGCGUGUGCUGGGAACCACGCAGGCAUUGAUGCAACAGGGCAGCGUUCAGCCAGACAUCAUCAGCCACAACAGCAUGUCCGAGCUCUUCGCAGAGCUGGGCGAUUGGCGUCUCAGCGUGGACAUGGCACAGCAGCAGCAUGAUGAUGUGACGGUGAACAUCGCCCUCAAGGCCCUGUGCGAGGCCUCCCAAUGGCCUUCGUCCUUGACCCACCUCGACGCUUCCGGCCCGGUGCGACGCUGGACACAGCUGCUGCGCAGCGCGCCGUGGAGAGGGGCGAUGAAAGCGAUGGACGCCAUGCAGUCGUUCCAGCUGCGCAGCAACCGCAUCAGCCACGGCGCCCUCCUCGCUGCCAUGGCCGCCGGGGCUGCCUGGCAACGGUGCCUGCGGCAAGUGAUGGCGGCGGCUGGCCUAAGUGAUGUUGCCUUCAACGCUGCUCUGGCGUCCUUGCGGAGGGAAAGGCUUUGGAUCCGGUGUCUCUCCCUGGUGGAAGACAUGCACUGCUUGCGAUGGGCCGCAGAUGAUGUGACCAGAACCGAAGUGCUCACGGCUGCAGGGAAGGCGGACGCCUGGUGGGCCACUUUGGCCAUGAUGGAGGCGCGUGGAACUAUAAACACGUUUUUUGGUGGAAAUUCCUAUGAAAAUGGAUGA